UGUGAAAAAUUGUCAGCUUAAUUAUUGCUUUCUUUACCUUAUGUGUAUAUUUCAUGGUGUAAUCUGGGAAAAUGUAUGUGGAUGCUUUUCUCUGCCGUUAGCUGUGCAGUGUUGGGCUCCCAAUGAUGAUGGUAGAUGAUUGGGGGUGGGAGAAGAGGUGGAGUUUCUUCUUAUCAUCCCUCUUGUGGUCAGUAAGAUCAUCCAGCAAAUGCCUUUCCAAGGAUGUGGAAUGUAUAUAUAAAGGAAAAGCAUAGGAUUGCUAAGGGAGUGGUGUGUUGGUGAGGAUUUCAUUCUCUACUCCAUGGAAACGAGGCUUUUGAGCUUUUACUUGUCUGCUGAUUUGUCUGGUGAUCCAGGUUUCCCCUCAAAAAACCUAUAAGGCAUGGAAGUAUUUUGAACCGAGAGUCACCAACAGAUAAGAAGCAGAAAGUUGAACGCAGUACAUCGCAUGAUUUUGAUCCCACAGGUCUUGUUCAGCGUUGUGUGAUCAUCCAGAAAGAUGACAAUGGAUUUGGGUUGACGGUCAGUGGAGACAAUCCCGUCUUCGUACAGUCUGUAAAAGAAGAUGGAGCAGCCAUGCGGGCUGGUGUACAGACAGGUGAUCGAAUCAUCAAGGUGAAUGGAACUCUGGUGACUCAUUCGAACCAUUUGGAAGUGGUGAAGCUAAUCAAAUCUGGUUCCUAUGUAGCUCUCACUGUUCAGGGACGCCCACCUGGGUCGCCCCAGAUUCCGCUCGCCGAUUCUGAAGUAGAACCAUCAGUCAUUGGACAUAUGUCUCCUGUCAUGACAUCCCCUCAUUCACCUGGAGCAUCUGGGAAUAUGGAGAGAAUCACUAGUCCUGUGCUUAUGGGGGAGGAAAACAAUGUGGUUCAUAACCAGAAAGUAGAAAUUCUGAGAAAAAUGUUACAGAAAGAACAGGAACGGCUACAGUUAUUGCAGGAAGAUUACAACCGAACACCUGUCCAAAGAUUGCUAAAAGAGAUCCAAGAGGCCAAGAGACACAUUCCUCAGCUGCAAGAGCAGUUAUCCAAAGCCACAGGCCCUGCUCAGGAUGGAGCCAUAGUUACACCCUCCAGGCCUCUAGGUGAUGCCCUGACAGUCAGUGAUGCAGAGGUGGAUCCUGGAGAUGGACUGAGCAGGACUGAUUGCAGCAGUGGAGAUACUUCUCGGCCGAGUAGUGACAACACAGAUAGUCCCAGGAGUGGCCUGAAAGAGAGGAUUUCUCUAGAGGAAAACACAGAGAAAAAUGAAGCAAUUCAGGACAGUGACACUCAGUCACUUAUCGGGAGUCCCUCAACCCGCAUAACACCUCAUAUUAUUGGAGCAGAAGAUGAUGAUUUUGGAACUGAACAUGAACAGAUUAAUGGGCAGUGCAGCUGUUUCCAGAGCAUUGAACUGCUGAAAUCUCGCCCUGCUCAUUUGGCUGUUUUUUUACACCAUGUAGUUUCACAGUUUGACCCUGCAACAUUGCUCUGUUAUCUCUAUUCAGACUUGUAUAAACAGACCAAUUCCAAGGAAACUCGUCGCAUCUUCCUGGAGUUUCAUCAGUUCUUCCUGGAUCGAUCUGCAAAUCUGAAAGUUUCGGUUCCUGAUGAAAUAUCUGUGGAUCUAGAAAAGAGACGACCAGAGCUUAUACCUGAGGAUCUGCAUCGCCACUAUAUCCAGACUAUGCAAGAAAGAGUCCACCCCGAAGUUCAAAGGCACUUGGAAGAUUUUCGGCAGAAGCGUAGCAUGGGACUGACGUUGGCUGAAAGUGAACUGACUAAGCUUGAUGCAGAGCGAGACAAGGACCGCAUCAUUUUGGAGAAGGAGCGGGCAUGUGCAGAACAAAUUGUUGCCAAAAUUGAAGAAGUGUUGAUGACUGCUCAGGCUGUAGAAGAAGAAAAGAGUUCCACAAUGCAGUAUGUUAUUCUCAUGUACAUGAAGCAUUUGGGAGUAAAAGUGAAAGAACCUCGAAAUUUAGAGCACAAGCGGGGUCGGAUUGGAUUCCUUCCAAAAAUCAAACAAAGUAUGAAGAAAGAUAGAGAAGGCGAAGAAAAAGGAAAGCGAAGAGGAUUCCCCAGUAUCCUGGGACCUCCAAGGAGACCGAGUCGCCAUGACAACAGUGCAAUUGGCAGAGCCAUGGAACUGCAGAAGGUGCGCCACCCUAAGCAUUUAUCCACACCCUUAUCUGUGAGUCCUGAACCUCAGGACUCUACUAAGUUGCGCCAGAGUGGGUUAGCAAAUGAAGGAUCAGACAUUGGAUAUGCACCUGCCGGUUCUGUGUCCUCUGUGGCUUCAGGGGCUGCUCUUUCCCAGGAAGGAGGAAAAGAGAAUGAGAUGGGAUCAAAGCCAGUUGGAGAAACACCAGCAUCUGGAGACUCCUUGGAUGGUACACCUCGUACUCCCAAUACUGCCUCUGAUUUUCCUCCUCCUCCAUUAGACCAAGUGCAAGAGGAGGAAUGUGAAGUAGAAAGGGUGAUUGAACAUGGAACACCAAAACCUGUUCGAAAGUUUGACAGCAUAGCUUUUGGAGAAAGUCAAAGUGAGGAUGAACAAUUUGAAAAUGACUUAGAGACAGAUCCACCCAACUGGCAGCAGCUUGUUAGUCGAGAAGUGUUACUGGGCCUGAAACCUUGUGAGAUCAAAAGACAAGAAGUAAUUAAUGAAUUGUUCUACACAGAACGAGCUCAUGUUCGAACACUGAAAGUUCUUGAUCAAGUGUUUUAUCAGCGAGUGUCCAGAGAAGGAAUUUUGUCACCUUCAGAACUACGGAAGAUUUUUUCAAACUUAGAAGAUAUUCUUCAACUUCAUAUUGGGUUGAAUGAACAAAUGAAGGCUGUUCGAAAGAGGAAUGAGACCUCUGUUAUUGAUCAAAUUGGGGAAGAUUUGCUGACCUGGUUCAGUGGACCGGGAGAAGAGAAGCUGAAACAUGCCGCUGCCACCUUUUGCAGUAACCAGCCUUUUGCCCUAGAAAUGAUCAAGUCUCGUCAGAAAAAGGACUCUCGAUUCCAGACUUUUGUACAAGAUGCUGAGAGUAAUCCUCUGUGUCGUCGUCUCCAGCUAAAGGAUAUCAUUCCCACUCAAAUGCAGAGGCUUACCAAGUAUCCACUUCUGUUGGAUAAUAUUGCCAAAUAUACCGAAUGGCCAACAGAAAGGGAGAAGGUGAAGAAAGCUGCAGAUCACUGUCGUCAGAUCUUAAAUUAUGUAAAUCAAGCUGUCAAGGAGGCAGAAAACAAGCAGCGCUUAGAAGAUUAUCAGCGCCGUCUUGAUACCUCCAAUCUGAAGUUGUCAGAGUACCCAAAUGUGGAAGAGCUCAGGAAUUUGGACUUAACAAAAAGGAAGAUGAUUCAUGAAGGGCCAUUGGUUUGGAAGGUGAAUAGAGAUAAAACUAUUGAUCUGUAUACAUUGCUGCUGGAAGACAUUCUUGUAUUGUUACAAAAACAGGAUGAUAGACUGGUGUUAAGGUGUCACAGUAAGAUUCUAGCUUCCACAGCUGAUAGCAAACACACGUUUAGCCCUGUCAUUAAGUUGAAUACAGUGCUGGUUCGACAGGUGGCAACAGAUAACAAAGCUUUAUUUGUCAUCUCCAUGUCCGACAAUGGAGCCCAAAUUUAUGAACUGGUGGCACAGACAGUUUCUGAAAAGACUGUCUGGCAGGACCUCAUCUGUCGGAUGGCUGCAUCAGUGAAGGAGCAGUCCACAAAGCCAAUCCCAUUAUCAGAGUCUCCACCUUGCGAAGGAGACAAUGAUGAAGAAGAACCUCCAAAAUUAAAAGUGGAACAUCAUAGCAUUUCAGUCACUGGUCUGCAGAGUCCAGACAGAGAUUUGGGAUUAGAAUCUUCCUUAAUAUCAUCAAAACCUCAGUCUCAUUCACUGAUUACUUCUGGGAAAUCAGAGGUAGAUGAUCUCUUUGUGACUGAGAGACAAUUUGCAAAGGAACGGAAUACAGAUGGAACACUAAAGGACGUUGGAGUAAAUUAUCAAAUCACAAUCCCAGAUUCACACUUGUCUGUCUCAGAAGAACGGUGGGCUUUGGAUGCACUAAGGAAUUUGGGUUUGUUGAAGCAGUUGCUGGCACAACAGCUGGGUUUGACUGAGAAGAGCACUCAGGAAGACUGGCAACAUUUCCCAAGACAGAGGACAGCCUCUCGGGGGGCUCAGGCAGACAGUGGAACCCAGAACUCUGAAAAUAUUCAGGCGUAUCACCCUGGUGAAGGACAGAUACCCGUUAGAACUGGAACUGGUGACAUUGCAACUUGUUACAGUCCACGGACUUCAACUGAAUCUUCUGCUCCACGGGAUUCAGUGGUACUGGCAUCCCAAGAUAGCCAGGCAAGUAGCAUUUUAGUAAUGGACCACAUGAUUAUGACCCCAGAGAUGCCUACCACAGAGCCAGAAGGGGGUCUUGAUGAGAGUGGAGAGCACUUUUUUGAUGCCCGUGAAGCACAUAGUGAUGAUAAUCCAUCAGAAGGUGAUGGAGCAGUUAAAAAGGAAGAGAAGGAUGUUAAUUUACGCAUCUCAGGAACCUGUCUGAUCCUUGAUGGCUAUGAACUCAUGCAGGAGAGCUCUACAGACGAGGAGGUCGCCUCCUCACUCGCCCUGCAGCCUGCCACAGGCAUCCCCUCUGCAGACUCUCCCUACCCGCAGCAGCAUUCGCCCCAAAAUGCUUAUUCUGAGGAGGCCGUUUCACCCUUCAGCCCAGAAUUCCUGGUCCAGCAGCGCUGGGGAGCUAUGGAGGAUUCCUGUUUUGAGAUCCAGAGUCCUCUGUCUUGUGCAGAUUCACACAGCCUGAUCAUGGAGUACAUUCAUAAGAUAGAGGCUGACCUUGAACACUUAAAGAAGGUGGAAGAAAGUUACACCAUUCUUUGCCAAAGGCUGGCUGGAUCAGCCCUCGCAGAUAAGCACUCAGAUAAGAGUUAGAGCUGCGUGUCCUGGAGGUGACUACAGGUUGUUGGAUUUGAGCACCAGCCUUGUACCAUUGCAUCCUGGCUCCAAGUGUGGACGCGGAGAGAGUGUGUGACAGAGGACCUGCCUGUGAACCACGUGGGUUUAGCCGUGUCCCAAGGUGCCCAGAGUGGGACUGGUCUUCACAGUCUGGCAGCUGCACGAAGUCUGUCAGGGAGGGGACAUCCAUUCUCUCACUCUCCUCUCCUCACUGUUGGAAAUUCAUUUUGAUUCAGAACGAAAACCAAAUGUAUAGAGCUUUGGGUGUAGGAUAUGAAAUUGUACUUAGACUUAAAACAAAGAGAAAAUCAGAUGUAUUUAUUUGACUUCAUUCCGUAUUUGAAAGCACAUUUUAAUUUUUAUUUGCCUCAUUUUGUUUUCCUUGAGUAGUGAGCGUUUUAGCCCUUUGUAUUUAGUACACCCAAGGAUCAACUGCUCCUGAAGCAAAGAGGUCAGGAAUGGGGUAUUUAGAGUUUGGGUAAAGAGUUGAAGAAGAGGAGGUAAGAAGCGGAAGGGAGGAACUUCUUGCCUUCACUGAACUGUAUUCCAUGCCCUCUGCUGUCUAGGAGGUUGCCUUUCUGCAGGGCACCCCAAAGGCAUAGGCUGCCCUGUGGCUGGCUGUGCAGAGGCCUUGAGCUGUGUGCUGCCCAGGUGGUCAGAGAGCAGAUGGGCUUCCUCCCGCCCUGAGGCAAGCACCUCUUCUCUGUGGCUGGGAUCAACCCCCAAUUAACAGGAAUCCUCAAUGUACUAAAUAGCAGGCACUUGAAAAUGGGUGUGUUUUCUUCUGUUGUCUUUUCUAUUGAGGGUUUGGGAGUUGGGAGGGAGAGGAAAGCAAAUUUUAUUUUCUUGACUAUAAAUUUGUUAUUCUUGGUAUUGUUUCAUUUUUAUAAUUAUACAUUACACUUUGGCACUUGUGUAAAAUUAUCCCUGCCGAUUGAGCAGGAAGUAAAAACAAGCCAAUGGAAAUGCUUCAGAUGGUGGCAGGGGUGGGGAUUGCUAAGGAAGGGUGGGGUGGGAGUGGGUGAAGUUUGGGAAGGUUAUCUAACUGAAUCACUACUGAGUUGAACCAUGGCUAUCCUUAGCUGCGGGUACUGCUGAAUAUAAGGCCAGUAAAACUUUAGUACCUGGAGGUUUGACUCUAAUUUUUGCACUGAUGGUGCCAAAGGGCUCUCUGAGUCGAGAGGAGAGCCUAGGAUGAAGUGGAGAGAUGCGGUGAGCAGGCAGCCCUGCCCUCACCACCUCCUGAGCACUUCCUCUGACUGCGUGGCUGCAGCUCCCCACACUGGGCUGUGACUGACCUGCAAACUGCAGACCAGAACAUACACUGGACGCUGCAGGCAAGGUGUUGGCAACUGCCUGCUCGAGAAUGAAUGGUAGUAUCGGCAGCACCCAACAGAGGAUAACUGUCUCAGAAUUGUAACUGAGAACGCCUUCAGUUAUAUUGGCUUUCUGUGGUUUUCUUCACACAUUAGGCAUAUGUUUUUAGAGCAUUUUGCCAACUAAAAAAUGAAACCAUUUGUCAAAUCUAUGAAUUCUGUUGAUAAAUGAGGAGUUCACCCAUUGUUCACAUCUUUCAGUAGUGCCCUCUGAACUCUGUAGUAGUAGGAUGUGAUUUGAUUAUUCCCUGCAGUCCAAAAAGAGGGAAAAAGUUGUUUCUUGCUGUUCACAGUAAGGAAUCUUGACUGCUUCGUAAACACCACUACAACUUAACAGACUUAUCUGUCUACAUCAGAUUCCUGUUUCUGUCCUUUCCAAACUGAUGAGUUUUUAGGUAGAUUAACAUGGAUCUUUGGACCUCAUCUAUAAAUUGGAAUUAGAUUUCAAGUCAUAGGCCAAGUAUAGUUUAACUCAGAAUGGGAAUUAAAAUUUGAGGUGCAGAGACUAAUAUAUACCUGAAACUGGGAGGUUGGAACUUUGUAUAUCUCUUAGGAGAAGCAGGUAGAAGCCAAAUGCUUACACUGUGCUGUUGGAAAAAAUGUAGUCAUUCCCACCUACCAGUGCUCCUUGUAGCCUCUUAACACUAAAACCAUCGGGAGACAGGUAAAUAAAAAGGAACUUUCACCUUAACUUCAGACACUACAGGGUAAUUAUGUAAUUCUCUAGCACUCAAUUAAGAAGCUUGUAGGUUAGCAAAGUUUUGGGUUCUUGUCUAGGUUAGCCAGUAUCUUGUCCUAAGUAACAAUUUGCUUUUCUUUUCUUGCAGUUUAAUCUCUCCUUAAAGCCACAACAGGACUAACUGGAAAAAUAUUUUGACCAUAGCUCUAAUACUUCCAAAUAAGUUCAUAACUAGAUUUUCAAGUGAAGCCCCAAGAUGAAAUCUAAUUUUGAAAAACUCUCACAAUUUUUAGAGUUGUUUCAUUCUACCAGCCUACCUUCUCUUCUCUCACGUGACUUUGCUGCACAUGCCUUCCAUCUCAUUGUGGUCAUUACAGUCGCAACCAUUUGACUUUCCUAUUAUGUCUCCUCCCAGGAGGCUGGAAUUGGGUGUUCAUCCUGUCUCUGAGACUGGUUACCAUCAAAGUAGAUUUCUCAAAGUUCCAUGACUGAAGUCAGACCCUGACUUCUGUGCUGAGGAGUUGCAAGGGUGAAGGACAGAGCAGCCUUCCUAGAGCGAGAAAUUUGUUUCUUGGCCAUUGAGUGACCUGCUGUGGUACUGUAUUCCUGCCCAUGGGCUUAGUGGCUCCUCUGCUGUUAAGUGGCAGAUUACAUUUGGAGUAUCUCCUUUUCAGAGAACAGAGUUAAUCAAGGCAAAUCAGCAAGCUCACAAAAUGCUAUAAUUUAAAAUCAUGAUCAUUACUCUAGAAGACAUAUAUUUUGCGUGCUUUAAAAUCAGCUAACUUGGACUGCUUGAAUUAUGUUGGCUUUUAGAACCUAAAUUGGAAUUAUUAUAUUACAUUGUAUGGGAGGUGUACUCGUACUCAGCUUUUUGGCUUGCUUUUCCACAACAGCUUCUAAUGACUGUUUGAAAGGACAAAUCUCUUUUAAAAAUUUUUUUGACUCGUCCCCUGGUGGGUGAAGGAGGAGCUGUUGGGAUAGUAGAGAAGAAGUCUUUUUUUUUUUUUUUCUUAUUUUUAGCAGCUAAAGAAAAUAAUUAUGUUUCCUGUGAAUUGUCUUUUCCUUGCAUCUUUUCCCCACCUUUUUGAUGUUCGCACAUUUUGUGUUACAUGGGGCUUCUGUAUUUCAAACUCUGGAGUUGAUGUGUGAUGUUAUUUUGAGCUACUAGAGCUUUGGUCAAUAUUUUCUUCCCUGUAUGUCACAGAGGGCACCAUUGAAAACUGUGCAUAGGACCUCAAAAUACAAAAUUAGCAGGAAUUUGCAGUCAGCGUCCUGCUGGCUGGAUAUUUUUUCCCUUUAGUAUGAUAGCUUUUGUUUUGUGAGUCAUGUAUUUUCUGACAUUUCUACCCCUUUUCAAAGAGAUCUGAAAAACUAUCCUUUCCUCAAGAAUUAAGAGUUCCUUUUGUGUCACAUCAUUCCUUAUGCCUUCCCCACUGGUACUGAGGAUUUUGAUAAUAAAUUUGUAGGAAAAAAAAUGUACCUCCUAGAAGGAAGCUCUCCCCGCCAUUUCCAGGUGCCAACUGCUAAGCAGAUGUACUGCAAAAAUGGUAACUGUAAUGUGCACACUGUUGGUUAUUUUUAAUAAGUCUCUUCCUACUAGAACAUUUUAUUUUCCUUGUUCACCAUACAAUCAUGUACUCUUUAACAGAAAUUGCUUUUAAAAGAAAAUCUGGAACUAUCUUUAAAAAAACUUUAUUAAUAAUCAUGUAUUUUUACUGAUCACAUUUUGAAAUGCCUAAAAGACUUUAUUGUUCUAAUUAUCCAGAUGUACCUUUGUAAAAAUAGCUCUUUUAUGAAUUAGCUGAUAAGGCUGUAUGUUUCUGGAACAAAAUAUUGGUCAUCUAAAAACUUUUCUGUUUUCUGGGGUCUGGGAAAAUAGAAAAUAAGAGUUCAAAUAUUAAAUAAGCUUAAAGGAA